AUGGCUGGCGAUCUAACGGAAAUUUACGGCCGCCUAGCGAUCAAUAAUGAUGAGGAGGAAGUUUUGGACUUGGGGAGUAUUGUUACGGAGGAAAACGACGAUAAAGUUGCACUAAUGCUUGUAGGGAGACUAUUAACAGACCGCCCUUUCAAUGUGGAUGCUUUUCAGCAAACGAUAAUACAAUCAUGGGCAAUGACGGGGAAGGCGGUUGUGCGUAGUAUUGGACCGAAUUUGUUUGCUUUUCAGUUCUUUCAUUGGCGUGACAAAGAGAAGGUUAUUCUCGGUGGACCCUGGUGUUUUGAUAACCAACUCCUGAUUUUGAGCGAGGUUACAGGGGAUGAACCACCAACGGAGGUAGCCCUGAAUUUCUCACCUUUCUGGGUGCGAAUCCGCAACCUCCCUUUCAACUGUCGAAUAAAUGCUCACGUAAAGGCAGUUGCUGGCUGCCUAGGAGCGGUUUUGGAGGUGGAGGACGAUGAUGUUGGAAUUGAUAAGGACCGCAGAGUUCGGGUUUUGCUAGAUGUGCGGAAACCACUACGGCGGGUAAAGACUAUAAAGAACAAAAGAGGCAUGGAUGUGGUGGUGGAGUUUCGGCAGAGAAGAGGGAUACAAAUGGGGGUAUGUCUAAGAGCGUCACCAAGAAAGGGUAGAACUCAACAGGUAGCGGAAGUGGAGUCUCUGAAGGCUGCAAAGAAAGUUUUAUUUGUGGCAAAGAAUAUGAUGGGGGAAAAGGGGAGUACGGAUAGUGAUGGGAAGGGCACAAAGAGUGUAAGGGAGGAGCAAGUGGAAGGAAUACAGAUUUCAAAGAAGAAUGCAAUGGUCAACAGGGAAGUGGACGAGGGGGAGAAGUCUAUAACCAAUCAUGUAGGCAGGGGGAGAGAGGAUACAAUAGUGGGGGUGAUAGCUGAGGGAGUGCAGGAACGGGGGUCCACAAACAAAAGUAGUACAGAGAAGGAUAGUGGGAGAAGGGGGGCGAAUGGAGAGGAGGUGCAAGAGGAGGUGCAAAGCGUAGAGGAAAGGGGGAGUGCAGUGAGCUCUAUGGCGUUCAACAUAGGCCAGCUGGGGAGCAAGAGAGGUAAAAUCCGAAAAAUGAAGAGAAUUGGGGAGGGGGGGAGUAUUGGUGGGGGUGGAGGUGUGAAGCAAGCCGCAGGGGGGCUGACAGGUGGGGAGAAUGAGAAAGAUGGAGGGAGGACGUGCAUUGAAAAAGUGGGUGGAGGGGAUACUACGGGAAACUAUUACCAUGGGGCAGGAGAGAAAAGGAAGGGGUGCAUGGAUGGGAAUGAUGUAGUGAUGAGUGAAAGAUGUGACGUAGAUAGAAACGUGAAGCUUGUUUUUUUGGGCUCCGAGUAUAAUGCAGGGAGUCAAGUAGCGGAGAUUGGCAGUGGCCAAUCCCGCGAAGGGCAAUGA